UUAACAAAACACAGAGGCCGGACCUGAGAAUGAGUGACACUCCCGGGAGCCAAUCAGAGCAAAGAAUUCCGGGUAGCAACAAAAAUAAACGCCAUCGCCUGGACCAAUCAGAAGGCGCGGAGCAGCGUUCCACAUUUCGCUCUAGCGAGUGUUUACUUCCGUCAAUAACAGAGAAGAGGGGAGACAUUUCGAGCAGCAAAAGAAGAGACAAAUCGCGGUGAGGAAAGUUUAUGGUCACUCGGAUCUUGUUGAAUUUAUUAAUGCAUUGUGUGUCCAGACAAAGCCUUGUGUGGUCGAGCUUUACCUCUGUAUAAAAGAUGCCGUUCUUGGGUCAAGACUGGAGAUCUCCUGGCUGGAGUUGGAUCAAAACCGAGGAUGGAUGGAAACCUUUCGAGUUCUUUGGUGCAAACAGUAAAGCAUUUCAGCUGGAAGAACUCGACAACGAAAACAAAGAGAACUUAUACGCAGAGAACGUGUGUGAAGUAGCUGCCAAGAAAAGGAAGAAGGACUUGGUGAACAACAACACAAAAUCACAGUUUCUGUAUAAGGAGCGGUGGAUCUACGUUCAGAAAGAGAGCACUAGGGAGAGACACGGCUACUGUACGCUGGGGGAAGCUUUCAACAGGCUGGACUUCUCCAGCGCCAUCCAGGACAUACGCAGAUUCAACUACGUGGUCAAACUGCUGCAUUUAAUCGCCAAGUCCCAGCUGACGUCUUUGAGCGGAGCCGCUCAGAAAAACUACUUCAACGUGCUGGAGAAGAUCGUGAGAAAGGCUCUGGACGAUCAUCAGAACCCGCGGCUGAUUAAAGCCUUGCUGCAGGACCUCAGCUCAGUUCUCGGGACUCUCAUCCGUGAAGUGGGCAAGUCUGUACUUGUGGGGAACAUCAACAUUUGGCUGUGCCGCCUGGAAACCAUUCACAACUGGCAACAGCAGCUCAACAACUUACAGAUCCCUAAGCGCAUCUCCAACGGCAUGACGCUGAGUGACCUUCCGCUGCACAUGCAGAACAACAUCCUGUACAAGUUCAGCGACGCCUGUGACAUCAUCAGCCUGGGACAGGCCACGCCCACGCUGCACAUGCUCAGCGAGGACCGGCAGCUGUGGAAGAAGCUGUGCCAGUUUCACUUUGCUGAGAAACAGUUCUGCAGGCACUUGAUUAUGUCCGAGAAAGGUCACGUAGACUGGAAGCUGAUGUUCUUCACGCUGCAGAAGUACUACCCAAAGAAGGAGCAGUACGGCGACACACUCCACUUCUGCAGACACUGUAGCAUCCUCUUCUGGAAGGACCGACACGUGGCUUUGGUCUUAAAGGACUCGGGACACCCCUGCACGGCCAACGACCCGGACAGCUGCCUCACGCCCGUCUCACCCCAGCAUUUCAUAGACCUCUUCAAGUUCUGAAGUCUGCUGCACAGUGAAGGACUGACCCCAAAUAAACCCCAGAGUUCUCAUUCCUGACACUCAUUUCAUUUUUUUUUUUUUUUUUUUAUCUUUUCCUCACUACAGACUGCUCUCUUUAUCCUCUCUUCCUCCCCGUUAAGCAGCCGUGCGGGAGCGAGCUGACAUUCCUGUUCCAUGUUUGCCGUUAUCCAACUCCUUCUUCUUUUCCUCACCCAAACUUUAAGGGCUUAUUAAUUCUAAAGAUGUCAUGGUGUCAGUGUUUUCUCGUCAUUUCAUCAUCAUUAUAAUUUUUUUUUUUCCCAGUCUCACGUUCAGUGCUGGUUCGUGGAAUAGUCGGGUGGAGUUAAUAAAGAAGCUUUGCUGCAUGCUAUAGUGAGAGAAGGACAGGAAAACUAAAGAAAAACCACCGGGGGGGGGAUAGAACAAGGCUUUUCAUAGUAACCGAAUGCAUGUUGACGUAGCCGUGACGUCGAGUUUAUCCUUGUCGGUUCGUUGUGUAGUGCAUUUAUCUGACCUGUUUGACACUAAAUGUCUACAUUUGCACCAGUUGCUUUUUUGCCAUAUCAAUCAACCAGUGUCUUUAUGAUACACAAAAAAAAAAGAAUAAUAAUAAUUAUGUAAGCACUGCUAUUUAUGAGCUAAUGUAUUUUAUAUCCCUUCUUUUGCACUUUGUAAUAUUUCUUCAAUAAUCUCGGGACGUCUGUGUAAUGGAUGAAGUUGACCCUUUGAUGGUACUGAUAAAGAUUUGCUAAAAAAAAACCCCCACAAAAAUAUGGGGUAAAAAAACAACUAUGAUUAAACUUUUCAUGGGGAAAAAUGA